GUGGAAGGCGUCCAGAUUUUUUUUAGGAAAUGUCCUAAAACCAGUUGGUGUGUGCGGACCUCCGGGAGAAGUUGAAGGAAACGCUUUCCUUACACUGGAAGUAGAAGGAGUUGUUGCGAUUUGUUUUUGUUUUAUGUGUGUUGGCGUUGCAAGUCACAACACCGUCGGACGCCUCCGGGUGUUCCACUAGAGAACUGAGUAGAUCGUCGAGGCAAUUCAUUUAGUUUGGGGUGUGCAUGGUAUUUCCCCUUCCCGAGGAAGAGGUUGUAGCUAGUGCAGGACUGAUCUCUAUAUUCUCUUAACACUUAGCCCACUCUGUGCUCCUGUUCUUUUUUUCAAUGUUGAUGUUAUGGCAGUGACAUUUAUUUUUCGGCUGGUUGACUGCGGUCUUAACAUAAGACGCAGGUUAGUCGAAGGAAUGCUGAGUAGUCGAGAGGUGAAGCAAAUACCCGUCAGAAGAACGCACUUGCAGAAAAUCUUGUCUCCAGCUCAUUGUUGUUGCCAAAAUGAUGCCACCCAGUCAGGCCCAAGAAUUCAAGUAAUUGAUGCCCCACUCCCAGCCAAAAAGUCACAAGCUCGGCUAUCGAUAUCCUCUAGUGUUUAGACUCCCACACUUUAGGGCUGCAAAAUCAUCACCACAAGUACAGAAAGUUCUCUGGUCAGAGCUGAGCAUGCUCAUUGAAGCUUGUUUUUGCUGUCUGCUAAAAGCACACUGCUAGCCGACUCCUGGACUAUUCGGGUGGUGUGGUGAAAACCAGCAACAGAAUGACUACUGAUUCAUAAUGCCAAGCAGUAUGUCAGGCUAUAUACCAAGCUAUCUGGACAAAGAUGAACUUUGUGUUGUGUGUAGUGACAAAGCCACAGGCUAUCACUAUCGUUGUAUCACUUGCGAAGGGUGUAAGGGCUUUUUCAGGAGAACCAUACAGAAAAACCUUCAUCCAGCCUACAGUUGUAAAUAUGAAGGAAAAUGCAUCAUCGACAAAGUAACAAGAAAUCAAUGUCAGGAAUGCCGGUUCAGAAAGUGCAUUGCAGUUGGCAUGGCAACUGACUUGGUGUUGGAUGAUGGCAAACGGUUAGCAAAACGCAAACUAAUAGAGGAAAACAGGGAAAAGAGACGUCGAGAGGAACUGACAAAGGCACUUAUAAACAAACCUGAGCCGACAGAUGAGGAGUGGGAACUUAUCAGAACCGUGACGGAAGCCCACAUGGGCACGAAUGCUCAAGGAAAUCACUGGAAACAGAAGAGAAAAUUCCUGCCUGAAGAUAUUGGGCAAGCACCAAUAGUGAAUGCACCUGAAGGGAGCAAGGUAGACCUGGAAGCGUUCAGUGAGUUUACAAAAAUUAUCACACCCGCAAUUACAAGGGUAGUGGAUUUUGCCAAAAAGCUACCAAUGUUCUGUGAGCUACCAUGUGAAGACCAGAUAGUCCUUCUGAAAGGCUGUUGUAUGGAAAUCAUGUCCCUGAGGGCAGCUGUCCGCUAUGAUCCUGAAAGUGAGACUUUAACUUUGAAUGGAGAAAUAGCUGUCAAAAGAGAACAGUUAAAAAAUGGAGGCCUUGGUGUUGUAUCAGAUGCAAUUUUUGAUCUGGGAAUAUCUUUGUCUGCAUUCAACUUGGAUGACAGUGAAGUGGCUCUGCUCCAGGCUGUGCUUUUGAUGUCUUCAGAUCGGCCUGGCCUUACCAGCAUAGAUAAGGUGGAAAGAAUCCAGGAAUCCUUCCUUCUUGCAUUUGAACACUACAUUAAUUAUCGCAAGCACAAUGUGGCUCACUUUUGGCCAAAACUACUGAUGAAGGUGACAGACCUGCGAAUGAUUGGAGCCUGCCACGCAAGCCGCUUUCUUCACAUGAAGGUGGAAUGUCCAACAGAACUUUUUCCACCAUUAUUCCUGGAAGUUUUUGAAGAUUAGGAGUUGAACUUUGAACGGAUGCACUACCCUAAUAUCUGUGAACUGCAUUAGCACUACUGAGCAGUGAUUCAUGGGAUUUCACAGAGUACCUUUUCCAGAUAUGGUGAGAAACAUUCCAUUAAUGCGGGUACUAGUGAUUUUGUGAACGUAGCUUUUUGUACACAUUUCUUGUGUUAUCUUGUGGACUAAUGUUGUUCAUGUUUAUUUUCAAAUAAGAUAAUAUGGUAGAAUAUUGCUUUGUGGUAAGGAACUCCAAUCUCCAGGUGUCAUAUGAAUUUUCUUUUGCAUGGGUCUUUAAUGGAAAUAGUAUGACAAAAUCUGCUGCAGCUAUAGCUGCCAACUAGCUAGCAUUGUAUAAGAUUAAACUCUUUUAAUUCAAUAAGGAAACUGCAGAGCUACACCAUGUUCUGGAACCAAAAUGCCAGCAUGAACACAAUAACUGAGAGACUUCCUACCUCUCCACUCACCGAGAUCUGAGUUGCCUUUUGACCAUUAUUCAUUGAUCAUUUAAGUACUCAGUCUGGGUAACAUUGAUGCAGUUGGAAUGUACAGUGUCAAUGCAAUGAAUAUAAAUAGAUAAAUGAAGGCUCAUCAGCUUUUCACUACACUACACUAACAGGAAGAAUAAAAUAGAGAACUAAAUAACACAAUAAUUUCCGCCUUCUCCUUCAGGCUGCCAAUUUCAAAAUGUAAAUGGAUGUAAAAUUAAACUUUGUGCAACAAAUCUCAAACCGAGUCAAUCUCCUCAAAGUAUCAGCCAGAGAUUUCAAAUAGAAAAGGCCAGUUUUGCUCUUAGAAGCACUCUCCUCAGAUUGGAAUUGAGGAUUGUGAGCAAAGACUUUUCACAGCUCUGUCCUGGCUUUGGCUGUGCUGCACUGACACUGACAUUGAAAACCAGCAUUCUUUGAUCAAAGUAAAUGGUAAAGCCCAGCCUUCAAUAUUCAACUGUCAUCAAAUCUGGAGCUGAGAGGAGAAGGAGUAACUUUCUGACUGCUGAAAGUUUAUAAAAUCAUUGGUGGUACACACACUCACAAACACACACAUUUAAACUGUUGAUUUGGAACUCUUUGUAUUAGGGUCAUGCUUGAUCUUACUACACAUGAACUUUCCAACUCCAGGGAAAAAUAGACACUCAGAAAUAAUUAUUUUAUUUAGCUCUUUACAUUUGCUCAUUACCAUACGUUAUCUCCCAUAGCUUGAUAGAGCUCAUAUUUACUUGGUGCUAAUCCAUUUGCAGGUAGAGCUUUAAUGCCUGCUGCAAAAUGGUGCUAUAACGUUUGAAGCUUUAUCUCUUCAAACUGUGGGAAUAAAUAUUAGCAUUAAAAAUGUUAAUAUACAUGCCUUGAUGCUGAAAUCCUAACUGUGCCAUUUGGUUGUAUUCCUGAUUAACAGUAACACAUCCUUGCAACUAUUCCAGUCCUGGUUAAUAUUGCUGAUGAAAACUGCAGGACUGCAAGCCAUGAAAAUGUAGGCAUUUACCUGCUGCAGUUUUCCCUGUGUUGUACCAAUAAUAGUUUCCUGAUGAAUGCACACCCUAACCAGUUAUCUUUGCCAUUUUAGGUGCACCUUUGUUGAGCUAAUAGGAUUAUGUUGAUAGAAAAUUAAAGUUCCAUGCAUAAUUGUUUUAAAAGACCAAAGCCAGACCUUUGAAACAACUGGUAGGUCCUGGCAAGACUAAACCAAAGGUUUUUAUGUUCGAUUGAUUUUUUUUCUUUGGCCACGUAUAAUUGCACUUCUACCUGGAAUGCACUACAUAGCAAGAAACAGCAGCAAAUUUCCCAUGAAACCAUUUACCAAGAGGAGAGGAGAUAAAAAUGGGGAUGCAGGGGUGUUCGAUGGCAGAGGGAAAGAUUGGACAAAAAGUUUUGGGGCAGAGAGAAUGCAUUCAACCAGGGGAGUAAGGUAGGUGAUUAAAUAUUGUUUUAGAGGAAGAAUUUCUCACAUAACUUUAAAUAAAUUGGCCUUCUAAACGGACUUUGGUUGAUAAGUUACAUAUACUUUGGCAUUCUUUGUAAAGUAACAAAUAAGUUAUCCAAAUGCCCACUAGUCACGACUUAGCUGAACACACAGGCUAAGAAUAUUGAAUGCACAGACAAUCAGGAUUAAAAAGAAACUGUGUAGAAAGCCAGAAUUCUAUUUUUGAUAAGUGAAGCACAUUAAUUAUUAAUUAAUAACAGAAUGAUAUGCCUAAGGAAAAAAAGCCACUUUUGUUGAAAUAAAUCAUACCAGGUGUAUCAUGUUUGCACAGUAUCGAUUAAAUUUAUGAUAUUCCUUGGUAUUUGAAUAAAAGAACGACCACUUUAAAGAAACAAAGAAAAAUACACGUUUUCGAUCUUGCUGCAAUCCUGUUUUAACAAGUAUUUAAGUGCUGUGAAACUAUAAUAGUUUGUUUUUUUUCUCAUUAGCUAUAAAGUCCUCUGUGUGAGGAAGACAGCAUUGGCUAAGGUAGCAAGUAAGCCUAAAGUUGUACUGUAGGAAAUAUAAUUGGUCUGAAUUCUGGCAUCAGCAACCAUUAGAAUGUUUUGAGUAUUCCAUAAAUUUCAUUUCACUUUGCUGUUUGUAUACAAACUGAUAUAUUUCUGAAUGUAUAUCUAUUAGGGCCUAUGUCACAUAAAGCUAAAAUAUUCAUAUGGGACAGAAAUGUUUUGGUGAAGACAUCUUUGCUUUAACUGCCUCUGAAUUUAGUAUAUGCUUGUUGAUCAGCUUGCGUCCCUGCCUUGUCAACACCACAAAGUUAUGUGGUCUUAAAGUAGUCUGUCUGGUCAUUCUGAACUUACACCUUUUAAAAUGUAUUUCUUUCUGGUGCUUCAUGAGAAAAUUGUAUUGUGAGAUUCUUGAUGCCAAUGGCAACUAAUAUUGAAUGUCCUUUGUAACAGAGGGAAUGAGAAGCUGAUGCAAAACGCUAAACACAAUAUUAAUGUUUCAUUAUUUUAUAACAUUUGUAUCAGAAUUACAACCCAACAUUUUCUGGAAUCUUCUCUGGUAGGUUUAGGCUAUCUAAAGUGCAACAUCACCCCACCACUAUUUUCAUCCAAAAACUCUCCAAGAUUGUUCUGGAACAGCAGAUGGAGAAUUGGGUAAAUUGUAGCAAACUGUAUUCUCCAUUCAGUUAUGUAUGAUUUGAUUAAUUCACUCAGUGGAAGACUUUGGAAUAUGCAGCCUAUUUCACUCAAGAAUGAGCGUAUUAUCCUUUGAUUUUUGUAAGGAUUAUAUCCAGUGCUUAAUCUAAAUAAACUCCAUAUCCCUUUGUCUUCAGCCAUACCAUUAGAGCAGUGAAUGAACCAAAAGGCUCAGAAUUUUCAUUUUCAAGUUUUUGGCAAUGUAUAACUAAGUUAACAGUACCUGAGCACAUUGCAUAACAGUUCAUAAGAUAAUGAAAAACAGUUUGUUCUUACGUAGAAUAUUUAGGUAAAUGAUGUCAAUCUGAUAAUUUAAUACAUUUCCCAAAAGCAAAUGAAAUGUCAUUUUCUUUUAAAAAUUAGUCAAGAAAGUGCCAAAAAAUAGUGGUGUUUCAGUUUAUUUUGUUCAAAACAAUUUUCAUGUGAUAUAGUACUUUAAUUCUUGGGGACUAAUGGUACAAAAUAAUGCAAUCAUAUUUAAAUCUUUACAGAAAUCUGUAUUGGAUCACCAAAAGAUUGAGGCUAAAAAUAAAAGAAAGAACUUGCAUUUAUAUAGCACCUUCUGAACCUCAGGCUCUCCCAAAGCACUUUAUAAGGCAGACAUUGUAUGUUUGUUCUCUCCUCCUUGGGUAUUAGUAAUUGGUGGAUGAAUAAUAAUUAUUUGCAGAAGCUUUGAAUAAAAAUCAUUAAUGUACAAUCUAUAAUUUUCUUCAAUUGGGUGGAAUAAGAUUUGUAUGUAAUAGUGCACUUCAUGAGUAAUGUGGUAAGGAGGUAUAUUGCUAAUAGAAUAACCUGCGAUGCGAGCACUGUAGAUUGUAAUUGGACCAUUCUAAAGCUUAACAGAGUUCGAGCUUCAGUGUUAUUUGUCCUGAAUUCACAAUUUUGGUUGAUAACUUCCAAACACUAAUUGUCAAACAAUCCAACUUCAAAUCUGUCUUGCAGCAUUUGUCACUCAUCUUGUGUUUAUUUAUAUGCUGCAUUACUUUCAGUCCGAAUUUUUUUUUUUCAGAUUUCAUUUUACACAUAUAGCAAAUUAUAAAACUGGCGCAUAAGAACAUAGCAUUCUAAAGAAAUAAUCUUUAUUACAUUUUUUCUAAUCAAAUAAAUGUCUUUAAGUUUGCCAGUGCAUUUAGAGUAAGUCAAAAAGUUACUGUAAAUUAUACUUGGACCUUUCAACAGUUGCAGAAUUUUGCUGGACUGUAAAGAUGCUCCAGUUUAGCUCAAGCUAAACGUUGUAUGCAAUUUUGCCUCCAAAGUCUGUUCAUUCUCAAUAGGGCCUUAAAAAUGGACCUUCAGUUUAAAAUAAUGGGUGGGAGGGGAGGGAGGGGGGAGAGAUUGGGAAUUUUACUUUGGGCCAUGUGUGCCCACUCCAGAAACCACCUCCCUUCUCAAGUCAAUGCCUAUUUUGCCUGUGAAUUUGACUUCUGGGGACUUCCGGAUGCAGAGGGAGCCUGGUGUGAAUAUGGUGGUCAGACCUCACACCUAUUUUGUGGUUCUGAUACCCAAUUCAGCAAAAGCAGGUAGAGCAGCCACUGUGCCAGUCCCACUUGGUUUUUUUUUUCAAACGUAUCAUGUCCUAGCCAACAUUCUUGCAAGAAUAUGCUACAGGCUGCCAAAAACAGGUGAACUUUUUGUUUUUGAAUUCUCCUACUGUGGAUCUAGGAGCAACAGGAAUGUGAUUGCAGAUCCCCUGUAAUACGGAAAUGAAGCAUUUGUUCUAAUUUGGAACCAGUAAACCUUCCGGGCAUAUGUCAGGCUUGGAACUGACACAAAGUAAAUUCCUGCCCUAAGCUAUUUACAUCUUGUGGGAGAAAGGGGAAAAAAAUGUUAGUUUGCACAUCCACUUAUGGAUUUCAUUAGUUGGUCAUGGAGCAGUCUGAUGUCUAGUCUGGCUUGAAAUAAACACAUGAUAGUCAAAAGCAUGCAAGGAGAACAUUGGGGUCAACAGUAACUUUAAAACGUAAUUCAGAUUUUGAAAUCUCAGUUGUAGAGGACAAUUAUUAAGCAUUUUGCUAUUUAUUUUAUAUUGAGCCUAUUUAUAAUACACUAUGCUUACCUGUGCAUGAUUGAAUUCUAAAGUCAUAUGUAUAAAAUUAAUAUUGGCUGUACGGAGAAUAAAUAUUGUAAGUAGACAGAUGAGCAAAUAUCCUAAUAUACUUUCUUUCUUUUGUUUUAAGUAAUCUAGAUUGUUUCCUUUCUGUAUUUUCAUGCCAGUUCAUUGGGAAUUGUGCUGGAUUCAGUUUCCAAUUAGUCUUAAAUGAAAUCCAAUCCAAAAAGCUGAAUUGAUUAUUUGAUUAAACAAGAGAGCUUGAUUUUUAUAACAUUGAAAUGCAGAUGAAAAUCAUUUUAGCCUUAAUAAAGUCUAUUAACAGCUCAUACUUUUAUUUAGUCAAAUAGUUGUAUUUUACCAUAGGUAAUUCACUUCCCUUUUACCUAUUGAUUUUUCUGUCCUUGACUUUCUGGGACAUGUGGAUUUAUUUUUUGCCUUUGGUACCAUGCCCAAGUGGCCAUGUGAGAUCUGAGAAUGAAUGUUAAAAGGAAGAUUCCCUUCUGAAUGCUGAAAUGAGAGGGAGGGCUAGGUAUAUAUGGUCGUGGCAACAUGCUGGGGGUGGCUGAAAUUCUGAGGGUAGAUUCAAUAAAUGUGAAGGUAGACGGCAUGCUAUCACAAUCAAACACAGUCCUAUUACUUCUUGCAGAGAUUCCUCUGCUAAUACCUUGAUCCUAUCUUCAGUCACACUGUUCCCUUUCCACUGUAACUUGUCAUGAACACACAAGUGCUACACCACUCCUUUUACCACUUUAUUUCUCACCAUCCAAGGUGCUAGAUGCUCCUUUCAAGUGAAAGUGAUUGACCUGUAAUUUUUUCAAUUUAGUAUCCUGUGCUUGCUACACGCUAUGCAGUCUCCUCUGCAAGGGGAAUACCAAAACGCAGAUUUUCCAGCCACUUUGUAGGGGCGGCACAGUAGCUCAGUGGUUAACGCUGAUGCCUCACAGCGCCAGGGUCCCAGGUUUGAUGCCAACUUCGG